UGAUUGACUAACAGAUAAGCCAUUUAGAUCCAUACUCCAAAUUUUCAAUUUUCAAUCAUCUAUAUAAAUCUCAUUCACUUCCUAUCACAUUCCAUUAUUUCACUUCACACCUAAAUCAAAAACACCACCCAAAAAAGAAAAAGAAAAAAACCAUUCUUUCAAUUUCAAUUCUUAUUUCCUACCUAUUUCUGUUCUUCCAAAUUUGGGGAUUUCAUAAAUGGUGAAGAAAGUCGAGAAGACGGCGGUCGAAUCAUCUCUGGCGCCACCGCCUCCGCCGUUUAAGAAGAAGUAUAAGGGUGUUAGAAUGAGGAGCUGGGGUUCAUGGGUAUCUGAAAUUCGAGCGCCGAAUCAGAAGACCAGGAUUUGGUUAGGGUCUUAUUCAACGCCGGAAGCAGCCGCGCGUGCUUACGACGCUGCACUUUUGUGUCUUAAAGGCGCUUCCGCCAGCCUCAACUUCCCGGAAAUUGCUAACUCCAUUCAAAUUUUCGACAACAACAGUCACUUCCGCCGCCACCACCACCACAUUCAUACCUCCGACGAUGCCAUUAUGUCUCCCAAAUCCAUCCAACGUUUCGCCGCCGCCGCCGCCAAUGGCUUCCCAGAUAAUGUCGGCACGGUCGUCACUCCUCCGUCCUCCGCCGUAUCUUCGCCGUCGACGUCGACAUCUUCCACACCGUCUGAUCAGCCUGAAGAUGAGAUGUCGGUCAUUGUGACAUCCGAUGGUUUUUACAAUGAAUUCGAUCAACCGACGGCAGAAAUGGAAUCUUGGUGCAAUUACUUUGAUGCCCUUCAGUCACCGAAGUACAUUGACCAAAUAUUUACCGACGGUUGGCUUGAUUUUGAUUCCAUGGCUGAGGGUAAAAUGGAUCAUUUUGAGGAAGAAGAAAGUGACAUCAGAUUGUGGAGCUUCUGCUGAAGAAAGGGUAUACCAGAAAAAGUAAAAAUUAUCUUUACUUCAUUUCUACAUUAUAUUAUAUUUCUUUUAAAAAUCUUCGUAAAUUUCUUGAAGAUAUUACUGACCGUGACCAAAAAUAUGAUGUUUUUCUUUUCAAUUAACCAACGAACUCACAUGAGAUUUGGACUUUUUUUUUUUCUUCCAAACUAAUCUCUGUACACGUUGGUUUUAUGAUGAAAAACGUUAAUGUAAUUUUUGUAAUGAGUAAUCAUUGUUAUUAAUUGUUAAUUAUAUUAUAAUUAUUAUAUUAA